GGUGUUCAGCAUUUACGAAGAAGCCAGCGUCUGGGGCAUCCAGUCUCUCGCACCUUAGAUUCGACUUGCUUCAUGUUUAGCUCUUUUGUUAUCAACGAAGCUAGUAGGCGUGUGCGUAUUUCACAAAGUACGAGAGAAAAGGUGUGGUUGAUCAUAGUGGUUAAUAGUCUAGGGACAAAUAACCCGACAAGCGAAAGUAACCCUAACACUAAGUUGUUGGCUAGAGAAGAGGAGGACUUGGAGUUUGAAUAAGUCCUGGUAACUAUAGCUAUUUAAAACGGUUUGCUUUUUUUCUGAAUUCCUAAUUGAAACUUUCGAACGUUAAACAGUAUCGUUCUAAACUUCAACUAUUUUUGCUCAAAGAACAGUUCUGCUAACCCGAAAACAUAGGUGAAACGAUCUACUUAAAUCACGUGUGUUGACAAGUUUUAACUGCAACUCACUUUGUACAGAAGCAUUCAAGAAAGGCUUUCUCACACCACUGAUUCCAUUUAUCUCGUAUUCUCUGAAGUUUCGACAUCGAUCUCAUGCCCCCAACCAGGGUUACUGAGGUAUUCUGCCUCCUCCUGGUGUUGGCCAGGAUCUCACCCACUAUGACUGAUGCUUCUCCUAAGAUAGAGAGAGCGCCCCAUGACCAAACGGUGAUUAAUGGUGGUGUGGCCAGCUUCAUCUGCACGGUACUGGGGAACCCCAAACCUGUAAUAGAAUGGAGAAAGAAUGGCAGGAGAGUGGUCACUCAACGAUACGCUGUCCAGGAAAUGCCUAACGGCUCGGUGCUCCGUGUGGAGCCAGUUCGUAUAGAUCUGGAUGUCGACACUUACGAAUGUGUAGCAGAAAAUGGUGUCGGUCAGCCAGUUCGUGCCGCCGCCAAGUUAGAUGUCUUACCAAAAAAACAGAUUCCGCUGGGAUUUCCGGACUUCACACUUCAACCUUCUUUGCAGGGUAUUGAGAGAGGACACAGCGCUUUGUUACCCUGUCAAGCUACAGGAAACCCUCCACCUGUCAUCUAUUGGUUAAAAGACUUUGUGCCGGUAAAGAUGGAUGAUCCCAGGGUGAAAUUGAUGCAAGGAGGAUCGCUACAAAUCUCGAAAGCUGAAGACGAAGAUAACGGAGAAUAUGAGUGUGUUGCGGAGAAUGCUGUUGGUACAGCCUUCUCUAACCGAGCCUCUCUGUAUGUUCGAGCAAGAAGAGUCCCACCAUAUUUUUCCAUUCCACCAGAGAACAAGUAUGAGGUAAUCCCUGGAACAAGUUUAAAUCUGACUUGUGUGGCUGUGGGUUCUCCCAUGCCAUAUGUCAAAUGGAGGAAAGGAUCAAUUGAUCUUACACCUGAAAAUUCUCUUCCUAUUGGAAAAAAUACGCUGAAUUUAGAGAAUAUCAGGGAGUCAGCAAACUACACCUGUGUGGCUUCAUCAAAAUUUGGCAAUGUAGAGAGAACAUCACAAGUUAUUGUACAAGCCUUACCUCCUCCUCCGACAGAAAUAAGAGUAUCUGAUGUUACAGCUACAUCUGUAAGGUUAUCCUGGUCCUAUCAUAGCAGUGAAGAAAAUGUUCGAUAUUAUGUUGUCCAAUAUAAACCAAAGAAAACAAAUCAAGAUUAUAGUGAAAUAAGUGGUAUUACUUCAAAGUUUUAUACUAUUCAUGACCUUACUCCUUAUACAGAAUAUGAGUUCUUUGUUAUCGCGUUUAAUGACAUAGGUCGGGGACCUCCGAGUACACCCGCCAUUGCAACAACAGGAGAAACAGAUAUGAAACACAUUUACAUUGGUAAGUUGUAUUUCAAUUUAGAAGUUCAAGAAACUCCAUUGAAGUCUAGUUGUUGGUUUUCCAAAGUUAAGAAUUUAAGAUACUUUGGCUACAAAGUGUAUUAUACAACCAGUCCUAACCUUCCAACAAACACGUGGAAUACUCAGGCUGUUGAUCGUAACCUGCUAACUACCAUCAGUGAUAUGACACCCCAUACUAUUUACACUAUCAGAGUUCAGGCGUCCACUAGUAGAGGGCCAGGACCAUUUUCUGCUCCUGUGCAAGUCAAAACACAACAAGGUGUGCCUAGUCAGCCACGUGAAUUAAAAGCCAUUUCCUCAUCUUCAACAACUGUUGAAUUAUCUUGGAAACGCCCAGAACAUUCAGGAGAAAAUAUUAUAGGUUUUGAACUUUAUUGGAAUGAUACCUUCACAAAGCAGCAAUAUCACCGUGUUAUUCCUAACACUGAAUCUUAUACACUGACUGAUCUUUAUCCUAAUACAUUAUAUUAUGUGUGGAUUGCAGCGAAGUCUAAAAGAGGAGAAGGUGCAGCCACCCCAUCUACUGCUGUUCGAACAGAGCAGUAUGUGCCGGGUGCUCCUCCCCAAGAGAUCCACGGCUAUGCCUUAAACUCCCGAUCCCUUCGCAUCACCUGGCAACCCCCUCCCUUGGAACAACAGAAUGGCAACAUCUCCUACUAUAAACUCAAGUACUUGAAAGCUGAUGUGUCCAAUGAUUCAAGCAAGGCCCGUGAGAUCCAAAGAGGGCCAGAUGAACGCUCAUUUACCAUUGAUGGACUGGAAGAAUGGACAAGGUAUUAUGUCUGGGUGUUGGCGGGCACUGUCAUUGGUGAUGGUCCGUCUUCCAAACCUCUAAAUAUCUGCACUGAGGAAGACGUGCCAGGUGAACCUCGACAUGUUCAGGUAAUACCCAUCAACAGUACCUCUCUAAAUGUCAAGUGGAAACCCCCAUCAGUCCGUGAUAGGAAUGGACUAAUCAGGGGCUUUCAAAUUCAUGUGCAAGAAAAAAAUACGGAUGGAGAUCUAGUCAAUGAGCCUAUUAGGUAUGAUGUAGCCAAUGAAAAAGCAGAAGAGUAUAAUGUCACAGGGCUGCAGCCAGAUACAAAUUAUGCUGUGCAAGUGGCUGCUGUGACUCGUAAAGGAGAUGGCACAAGGAGUCACCCUCAAAUAGCUAAAACAACUGGUGGAGUUCCAACUAGGCCAGAGUUAGUAUUAAAGGUAUUAGAAGAAGACCCUCGGGUGAAAGUAAACGUGUCCUGGCUCCAUCCUUCUCGUGUUCAUGGUGUUCUUAAAAGGUACCGUUUGAAGUUUGGUCGUUUAGAUGGAACUCACAAAGAAGAAAGAGAAAUCCAACCUAAUGAGACAAAGUUGAUAAUUGAAAAUCUAGAUUGUGGUGCAAAAUAUGAGUUUCGUCUUGCUGGAAAGAACCAGAUUGGAUGGGGCCAGGAAGCCAUUGACUAUUUGAAAACACCAGAAGGUCGUCCAACAGCUCCACCACAAAAUAUCAGCCAUCAUCUCCAGAGUCCAACCACUGUUGUAGUUACGUGGAGUCCACCACUGAGACAGUAUACAAAUGGAAAAAUUCUUCAGUACCAGAUACAGUUCCAUAAGGCUUCAGAUCAAUCCCAUGAGGCAAAGAAUACAACUUUAACCCGCCUAGUCUUUAGUGACUUGGAUGAAAACACAGAGUACUUGUAUCGAGUUCAGGCUCAAACCUCUGCAGGAUUUGGACCCUGGAGUAGACAUGAAAAUGUUCAUACCCCUGGUGAUGUUCCAUCUGCACCCACAAAUGUCCAGGCAAUGGCCACUUCUGACCAAUCUGUAGAAGUUUGGUGGGAUGAGGUUCCUUAUUUUUUGGAUAUCCUGGGGUAUCAGGUACUUUAUGCACAAACUGCUGGAGAGGAUCUUGAUCAGUGGAGGAAAAAAAAAGUUCCACUUACCUGGUCAGCAGAACUAACUGGACUUGACACUCAUGGUCAGUACUCUAUCAGAGUUGGAGCAUACACUAGACAGGGCUUGGGAAGGCUUUCUGAGAUAAUAACUGUCAAGGUUACUCCUCAAGACGUUCCAACACAUCUUCAAGCUUAUGGAAUUACAACACACAGUAUGAAGCUUUCAUGGCGACAUCCUUCCAAACUAAACCCAUACAAGUACAAAAUUUCAUAUGGUGCCCAUAAGGAGUUUUUUGACAGUCAAGGACAGCUACAGGAGUUGAAAAUUCCACCUAAAGACAUCUACUUUAAUAAAGACUUAAAAGACUUUACUAUUGACAACCUUAUGCCCUUUACAACUUAUCAGGUCAACAUUACUGCUAUACCUCCUGACAAAUCUUAUCGUCCACCUGCAAGAAUAGCUGUAACAACUGCCAGAGCUGCUCCAAGACCAAUGGUCAAACCAGAUCACUUAGGUGUCAAGAAUGACCAGGAAAUUAAAGUCAUACUACCUCAAGCCUCAGAGGAAUAUGGUCUGAUAAGUCACUAUUAUUUAGUGGUUGUACCGGAAGAGCAAGCCAGAGAAAAUCCAGAAACUUAUAAAAUAGAAAAGCUUAAUGAAACUGCUCUUGAUCAAGUUGGACCCUACAUAGCUGCCAAAUUUUUACGCCGAAAUAUGCCCCAGAAUUUUCCUUUAGGUGAUGGCAAGAUUUAUAAUGGAUUCCUGAAUCGGCGCUUACAGCAUGGACAGAAAUAUAGGAUUUUUGUGAGAGCUGUAGUAGAUACACCACUGGAGAACCUCUUUACCAGCAGUCCUUUGUCUGAAAGUUUGAGUUUAGAUAUGAUAGCCGGAGAGUCAGGCCAGCCACCUUUUGUUAACACAGAUAAUCCUGAUGUGAAUAUUGUUUACAAUAACACCCAGCAGUCAGGAAUAUUAUGGAUUAUUGGUCCUAUUAUUGCCUGUGUGUUGGUUAUCACCUGUGUUAUCAUUUUCUUUAUCAUGAAACGGCGACGGCAGAUGAGUAAAACUCCAAUAGGUGAAACAACAACAAAACUACUUGUGAAUCCCAGUGACAGGGAGUUUACCACCAACCCAACAGACCCUUUAGAAAUGUGGAGACUAAACUAUCAAACCCCAGCAAUGAUGAAUCACCCCCCAAUUCCAGUUACAGAGUUGUCCAAUCACAUUGAAAGACUCAAGGCAAAUGACAAUCUCAAGUUCUCACAAGAAUAUGAGUCUAUAGAACCAGGACAGCAAUUUACGUGGGAGAAUUCGAACUUGGAUGUCAACAAGCCUAAGAAUCGGUAUGCUAACGUUAUUGCAUAUGAUCAUAGUCGUGUUGUUCUACAACCCUUAGAUGGUAUUCCAGGCUCUGACUAUAUAAAUUCCAAUUACUGUAAUGGAUAUCGGAAACAGAAUGCCUAUAUUGCUUCGCAGGGACCUUUGCCAGAAACAUUUGGAGACUUUUGGAGGAUGGCAUGGGAACAACAUUCUGCUUCCAUUGUCAUGAUGACAAAGUUGGAAGAAAGAACUAGAAUUAAAUGUGACCAGUACUGGCCAAGCAGAGGCACAGAAACAUAUGGGGUGAUGCAUAUCAGUUUGAAAGAUGUGCAAGAAUUGGCAACAUACUGUAUACGUACUUUUACUUUACAAAGGAUGGGUUACUCAGAGAGGCGUGAGGUACGUCAGUUUCAGUUUACAGCUUGGCCUGAUCAUGGAGUGCCUGAUCAUCCUACACCUUUCUUGGUCUUUCUACGACGAGUCAGAGCUAUGAAUCCACCAAAUGCUGGGCCUAUGAUUGUGCAUUGCAGUGCAGGAGUGGGAAGAACUGGGUGUUUUAUUGUCAUUGAUUCUAUGUUGGAGAGACUAAAGCACGAGAAUACAGUUGACAUAUAUGGUCAUGUGACUUGUUUGAGAGCUCAACGCAACUACAUGGUACAGACAGAAGAUCAGUACAUUUUUAUUCAUGAUGCUGUUUUGGAUGCUGUUCUUGCUGGAUAUACUGAAGUCCCUGCCCAAACCCUCUAUUCCCACAUCCAGCAGCUGAUGGAGUGCAUUCCUGGACAAAACUGUACAGGCAUGGAAAUAGAAUUUAAGAGACUGGCUAGUAUAAAGAGUGCCUCUGCCAAGUUUAUUAGUGCCAAUCUUCCAGUUAACAAAUUCAAAAAUAGGUUGAUGAAUAUCUUGCCUUACGAAUCUUCCCGGGUUUGUCUCCAGCCUAUCCGUGGGGUAGAUGGAUCAGAUUACAUUAAUGCAAGCUUUACUGAUGGCUACAAGUACAGAAAUGCUUACAUAGCUACUCAAGGUCCACUGCCAGAAACAACUGAAGACUUCUGGAGGAUGUUGUGGGAACACAAUUCUAACAUUGUUGUUAUGCUGACUAAACUGAAAGAAGUUGGUCGGGAAAAGUGUCAUCAGUACUGGCCUAGUGAGCAUUCCCAACGGUAUUUAUAUUAUGUGGUCGACCCCAUUACAGAAUAUAACAUGCCACAGUACAUCUUAAGAGAGUUUAAAGUCACAGAUGCUCGAGACGGUCAGUCUAGGACAAUCCGACAGUUUCAUUUCACUGAUUGGCCAGAACAGGGUGUGCCUAAAUCAGGAGAAGGAUUUAUUGAAUUCAUUGGACAAGUACACAAGACAAAAGAACAGUUCGGUCAAGAAGGUCCCAUCACUGUUCACUGCAGUUUGGGAGUAGGCCGCACUGGAGUAUUUAUUACUCUCAGUAUUGUCCUGGAGAAGAUGCAGUACGAAGGAGUUGUGGACCUUUUCCAAACGGUCCGGACUUUGAGAACGCAGCGACCAGGAAUGGUUCAGAUGGAGGAUCAGUACCAGUUCUGCUACAGGGCAGCACUAGAGUACCUUGGCUCAUUUGACCACUAUGCUAAUUAGCCACCUUUGACUUCAUUAAUGGUGAACAGCUAAAUGUGUAGUGGUGGGUCUCAUGGACAAAUUCUAACAUUACCAGUUAUGCUGGUGCAAAAACUUGAACUGGCUAGUAGCCAAACCCCUCUCCCCCUUCUCUGAAAAGAGAAAAGUGUUUAGUGAAAGUUAGUGGAAUAAACUAUCAUUUUACCAUAUCAUUUCAUUCCAGGGUAUCGGGUUUGCUAUAGUUUUUACUCCAUGCAAAAAAUUAUUUGUGUUGUAGUAUCCCAAACUUGUGCUUUGUUAACAUUAUUACUCUAACAGGACAGCCUGUUGAGCUAACUCAUAUGCCUCUUGCCACUUCAUGCUCAAGACCACACUUCUGGCUCAUGUUGUAUCAUGCCAGAGGUGUCUGUAGCUUACAUCAAUAUUUCAAUGGUUGCAGAGAGGUUGGGACAAGUUUUCUUGAUUGACUGUCUUCAUGUUUUAUACCAUUUUGUGGGAAAAGUAACUUUGUUAAUUCCAAAAACUAUAUGAAUGAGAAUCAUAUCAAGUCCUCUCUUCUAUAUUUAAACUGUCUUCUGAAUACUUAAAAACUGAAUCCUACUCCUCCUGAUGAUCUAAAAUGAAGUUAUUUUUCUCAAACGUAUAAAAAGUGCAUAAAAAAUAAUCUUCCAUUGCAAAUUAGAACUGUUGAUUUGCAUGUGUAUUAUGAUAUUGUUACGUUACAACUCUACUGACUUUUACUUUAUAAUGAUCUUUAAAACUGUAUGUCUACUUUAAUUAUUAUUGCCUGUUUUAAUUUUCAUUAAUUAGAAAUAUUAAAUUUUAUAACAUUUUGAAACAGAGAAAAGCAGUAACACAGAACCAUUUGUAAGACAUGAGGUUCAGGUUGCUUAUAGGCUGCAGACACUUCUGGAUCUAUGUUAUAAAUUUCACUAGGAUUAGACUCAACUGUACAGUUAUUGUUGUAUUUAGCAGAUACUUAUAGAUAAAUGCAUUAGCUAUUAUGUUAUUGGUUAGUGAAGAUGCCUCCACAUUUUUGGAUAAGUUAUGUGAUGUUUUUCAAAGGUCAUGAUUUAGUGUAUUGUAUACUUUUCAAUACUUUUGUAUUAAUUUGUAUGUGAAUCUACGAACUCCAGAGGUUCUGUCAGAGUUACAGAAAAUGUUUGAUCAUUAUUUUCCCUGAAUGGCAUUCUACAAAGGUACAUACAGUAAUUUGAGUGCCUAAUCGGGUGUUAGUGUUAUGUUCCAUUAUUAGAAUUGUUCAGUUUGUAGCUUACAUUUUAAACCAACAUACGGUCACAUGAAUGCAUGUGUACUGUAGAACAUGUCAUUAAAGUUUUUCAUUCUUGAACCAUAACAUAAUAUUAUCUGCAUAUUCUUGAAGUCUCUUUACAGUAACAUCAAACCAUCUUGUGGUUGAAAGUAAAUGUACAUUACUAUUUUCGUUAAGACUGACUCCACAUUCUUCCUAAUGAAUGUAACUAAUGUAAUGCCUGAUUUGUUUUGAUUUUGAUGCACAGUGCUGAGCAUGUGUUCCAGUAUCAUUUGCUUCAGAACAGAUCAAUUAAAUAUAUAAGUUAAAAAAUCUUACACAUUACUAUAUUACAUUGGUUAUGUUGUAAACUACCUAUCUGUGUAUGUGUGUUUACAUGCACACACACACACACAUAUAUAUAUAUAUAUAACCAAUCAUAUGUUAUUUUGCAGAAGCAUUUCACAUACUUGUGAAACCUAAUAGCAUUUGUGAAAAAAUAAACUGAAAACAUAUUCUAAACAAAAACAUAGUUCAGGUAUAAAAAGUUUUAAAAACUUUAUUACCAGACUCUCCUGUUGUUCUAAUACAUGUUACAUGUUGUUUGAACAAGUUUUUUUUUUUCUGUUGUUGUUUUUCACAGUGAUGAAGGUUAUAUGUGUACUUCAAAAAUUGAAGUAUAAACUUCCACUGCUAUUUUGACAGUUAGAUUGAAAGAACAGUCUUCUUCUAUUUUCCAGAAAGAAUUUAGAUCUUUUUCUGUGGGUUGUUGAUCUAAGGAUUACCUUUCCUAACAACAAAUCCUUUUAACAUAGAUAUAUAUAUGGUCUUGGAAGAGUUUUUAAGUUUGUUGUUUUUAUUUGUUUAAGUUUUUGAACAAAGUGCAAGAAUACUUAUGCAGAUUAGUUUGUAUUUUAAAGCUAGUUUUUGUUCUGAAAAAAUAUUUUAAGUUCUUAUCAAAAUUGUGUGAAUUUUGUUUAUCAUAAUUUGUUAGUCUGGUAAGAUAAACCAUUCCAUUAUCUUAUAUUUUGAUUCAUAUUAACAAGAACUUUAAUAUAAUAUUAUACUUUUGAAGUUGUAAUUAAAAGAAAUGCACCUGUAAAUAUUUAAGGCACGUUUUGUGUAGGUGACUUGUAGUUAUUUUAAGUUUUUUGAGAUUGCAACUGGUGCCACCUGUUGAAAAAUUCUGAACAUUUUCAAAUUAAUUCAAGAUAAAUUUAAACUUCAAAAUUACUACUUGAAAUUAUCAAACAAAACCAAAUUUAUUUUACAAUAUUAGAAAUAAAAAAAAAAGUUGAGUGCCUUUAGUUUACUUACAGAGAUAAUUAUGUUCUUAGUGUUUAAAAUGAUGCAGGAAAACGUAAAAGGGAAAUUCAAUUAUGAGAAAACUUUUUGACAUAUCAUGUAGUUAUUUAUUGUACUGUUUGUAUUAACUUAAGUUUUACUUUGAGAAAACUUCUGAGAACACCAGAGUUAAUCAAAAGCAAACCUAAAUAACUAUUCCUAAUUACAUUUAAAACCAUGUGUGUAUAAAAUGUGUUGUUAAUAAAGUGUAUACCCAAGUAAAGUG